AUGCUUUUUGCAGCCGGCGUGCUGGGGGGUUCCCUUUUCAGAUGUUAUUUCUUUUUUGAAAAUGGUGCGGCUCAGAUUGCCAUAGCCUGGCUAGGGUUUGGCAAAAGGCCGAAUGCGAGGCAGCCUUGCCACUUGCGCCUUCAGGGUUUGGCGUGGGGGAAGGGUGUUUGUGUUAGGGGGCAUGGUCAAGGGGAGCUCCCGCCGAUACCCCGGAACGUUUUCCGGUUUUGGCCGCUUUGGCUUCGGGCGCCGCCAUGUGUGGGCGGGGCGCGUUCCCUUUCGGGGGGCCGGGGGCGCGAUGGAUGGCCUUUUGGUGGUGGGGUCGCGGCCCAUCAGGGUUGCUGCCGUCGCAGGCUUGCUGGUGAGGUGGGGCUUCUCUUGCUUCUGGGGGCGGGCGGGGGGUUUGCGUUUUGUAUUCGCAUGUCCCUCUCUUUUUGCGUUUGGGGCGCUUUAAUGGACUUGAUGCGGUCGCGUCUAUGA